AUGCCGACACUCGACGUGAGUGAGCUCAACAUUGUCCUGAGCAUCCUAGGCACGUUCAUCAUUCUCUAUGGCAUCAUCUCCGUGAAGCUCAAGCAGGCGUGGUAUCUGGGAGAAGCCCUACCUGCCGUGGCUCUUGGAGUCGCUCUGGGACCUAUAGCUGCCAAAUUCCUCGAUAGCGAACGAUGGGGGUCUGCGGAAAAAGGACAGACUAGCGAAAUCACGCUGGGUGUGACCCGUGUCAUGAUUGGCGUGCAGCUCGUCAUUGCCGGAUACCAGCUGCCGGCCAAGUACAACUGGAUGCGGUGGAAGGAGAUGGCGCUCUGCCUGCUGCCCAUCAUGACCAUCAUGUGGCUCUGCACCACGCUCUGCAUGCUGGCCACCGUGCCCAAGGUGACGCUGCUCGCCGCCCUCGUCAUCGGCUCCUGCGUCACCUGCACCGACCCGAUCCUGUCGCAGGCCAUUGCCAAGGGUCCCUUUGCGGACAAGUACGUCGCCCGGCCGCUGCGCGAAAUCAUCUCCUCCGAGGCCGGCGCGAACGACGGCUUCGGCUUCCCGUUCCUGCUGCUGGCCGUGUACCUCAUCCGCCACGCCGACAUUCCCGGUGCCGGGCAUAAAGAGGAGGCAGCCGGCGCCGUUGCCGAGGUGGGCGGCGAGGCUGUCAAGAUGCUUCUGGCUCGCGCAGAAGAGGAAGUUGGCAGACUGGGCGGUGGUGUCGGCGUGGCCUUGAAGAACUGGUUCCUCGAGACGUGGCUCUACAUUGUUCUUCUCUCCAUCGUGUAUGGUGCUGUCGUUGGGUUCGCCUCCUGCAAAAUCGUCAAGUACGCCCUCAGACGUAAAUGGAUCGACAGCGAGUCAUACCUCCUCUUCCCCGCCGCCCUCGGAUUCUUCCUCGUCGGCACAUGCGGCGCGAUUGGCACUGAUGACCUGCUCGCCUGCUUCGUCGCCGGCAACGCGCUAAACUGGGACGGCGAAUACCUCGCGGAAACGGAGAAGCGCCACGACGAGGUCAAUUCCUGCAUCGAUGUCCUGCUCAACUUUGGCGGCUUCAUGUACAUUGGCACAAUCAUUCCGUGGUCCGAUUUUAACGAUCCGGACGGUACUGGCCUCACGUACGGCCGCCUCUUUCUUCUCGGCAUUCUGGUUAUUCUCUUCCGACGCAUCCCCGCCAUCUUCAUGACCUACAAGCUCAUGCCGGCCGUGUGCACAAACUGGAAAGAGGCCCUCUUCAUGGGCUACUUUGGACCGAUUGGCGCCGGCGCCGUCUUCUACCUCGAGCACAGCAGGCACCUCUUCCCCAAGCUCGGUGAAGGCGAUGAAGAAGAGACGAACCUCGCCAGGGCUAUUGGGCCGGUUGUGUACUGGCUGGUGCUAUUUUCCAUUGUCGUGCACGGCCUAUCCAUUCCGGCGCUCAACAUCAUCUAUACUUAUAUGGGCAUCAAACCCAUCAAGGACGACUCGGUCGAGAUGCGCCGCAUGUCCAGGACCAUCGCGACGCCUACGAAUGCUGUCCCUGCCGAUCAGGACACCUUCAUUGCGUACAAUCGAUUCAGUCGCCCGGUUUUUGAUGCUUCGCAGCUGCCCAUAGUACGCGAUCCGCCUGGGAGAGAGAUGUAUGCUAUGGGAGACUACGGGGAUGAAAAGGACAAGGAGCGUCGUCGCACAAUUCGCUAUGUUGAAUGA